GGUGUUUGGCGGACUAGGAAGUGGAUCUGCUGUACUUUUUUUGUCUCAUCGGCCGGAACGUCUGUGGCUUGGGCGGUCGUGAGUCGGGAUCUGCAGCUGAGCGGAGAGGAGUCCGGCGCCCCCGCCCCGUCACUAAAUACCAGGCCCAGGGGUUGCAGGCAGGGGCGGGGCUUUGGGCCAGAUUGGAGGGGCGUCCGCUGCAGUUUCCGGCCUCGAAGCCAAUCCCCAAAAUGAGGUUUUCCCGCGCAUUUGCCUCACCUCCUGCCCUCCUCUUGUUCCCAGCGGCCCCUGACCCAUUCUUUUUAUUCUUCUCCGCAGCGUCCAUUCGUAUAGUCAGUCAGUCAGCUGAUUAUUAAUCCAGCACAUACUGUUGCAAGUGCUGUUUUAGGCGCUGAGAAUACAACAGUGAACAAAACGACAAAAAUUCCUGCCCUCACGGAGCCUAAGAGCCUACGUUUUGGCGAGGGCAGAACGGCCAUAAACGUUUUUAUUUGUUUGUUUGUUUCUGACAGGGAGUCUCGCUGUGCCCCCCGAGCUGGAGUGCGCUGGGCCAUCUCUGCUCCCCGCAAUCUCCGCCUCCCGGGUUGGCGCGAUUCUCCUGCCUCGGCCUCCCGAGUAGCUGAGACUACAGGCGAGCGCCACCACGACCAGCUAAUUUUCGGAUUUUUAGUAGGGCCUGGGUUUCACCGUGUUAGCCCCGCUCGCCUCUAUCUCCUGACGUCGUGAUCCACCCGCCUUGGCCACCCAAAGUAAUGGGAUUACAGGCGUGAGCCACCGCGCCCCAACCGACACUGUAUAUAUUAAUGAGUAAUUUACGCACCGUAUUGGAAAGUGAUAAAGCGCAACAGGAAAAGAAGCAGUCAUGUAAAGCAAGGAAAACAAGAUGUGAGAUCACAGGUGGUCUAGAGUUGCUAAUGAACCCCAAAUCCAGGGCAGUGUUUGACACAUUAAGCCAAACAGAAGCUGCCCUGUGGGUCGAGAAGAGCCCUUUGGCCGGCACCACCAAAACGUGUGUUCUCCAAAGGAGUCUGACAUCUGGAGCCACUUCACAACUUGUUUGAGAACUCAGUCUGACCUGUAGGAAGAUUCUAGGGCAGCGGUGGAAGACUGUUAAGGAAACCUGGGCAAAAAGAUGCAGGAGGCUGUGCUGUUGGAUGAGAGUUCAGAACCACCAAGCCGGCUGCCCUGGACCCCCCAGGAUACCCAGCUCCCUCAGAAAAGAGCUCUAUCACCCGCUCAAUAUCCUGCCUUCACUAAAUAUGGAAGCCAAGGAAACCUGCCACAAGCCGAUAUCACACGGAUGAACCAGGCCCAAGAGUCAGUGACAUUCGAGGAUGUAGCUGUGAACUUCACUGACAGGGAGUGGCAGUGUCUGACCGACGCUCAGAGGCAUCUCUAUAAGGAUGUGAUGUUGGAAAAUUAUGGGCACGUGGUAUCACUUGGAUUUCCAUUUCCUAAACCUCCUUUAAUCUCUCAUCUGGAGCGAGGAGUAGAGCCCUGUGUGCAGGAUCCACAGGACACAGGGCUGUCCCUCAGCUGCUCCUACCCAGUGUCAACUGACAAGACAUGGCCUGAGAAUGAGAAGGCAAGUUCACAACAAGAGAUUUUUGAAAAUGGAGAAGUCUACUGGGUGAAAUUUAACGGUCUCCUAAAAGUUGGUUCCGAGGAUCCUGAGGUUAGAGAAGCUUGUGUUCAAAAUGUCAAAUUAGGGAAUCCUUGGGAAACACCUAUAUGGGAGAAACUGAGGGAAGAGAAAGAAGGCUCGGAGGAAGGAACCUCCAAAAAACAAAAGAACCAGAAGGUAUUUAGAAAAAGCAUGAAUCCAAACUCAAUGCAUAGUCCAUGUAGUAGAGUUCUUACUGCAGAGAAACUCCAUAAAUGUGCCAGUUGUGGCAAAAACUUCAGUUGGCACUCAGAUCUCAUUCUCCAUGAGCAAAUUCAUUCUGGUGAGAAACCCCAUGUGUGUAAUGAGUGUGGGAAAGCAUUCAAGACCAGAAGUCAGCUUUCUAUGCACCAGAUAAUCCACACAGGGGAGAAACCAUUUCACUGCACCCAGUGUGGGAAGGCUUUCAACAGUAGAUCAGCUCUUUGCCGACAUAAAACAACCCACAGUGGGGAGAAGCCUCACGAGUGCAGGGACUGUGGGAAGGCCUUCAAGACCAGGAACCGUCUCUGUAUGCAUCAGCUCAUCCACACUGGGGAGAAGCCUUAUGAAUGUAACUGCUGUGGGAAGGCCUUCCAGUUUAAGUAUUCCCUGACCAUCCACAGCAGAAUCCAUACUGGGGAGAAGCCAUAUGAAUGUGAUAAGUGUGGGAAGGCCUUCAGCGGGAGUUCAGACCUCACCAAACACGUAAGAAUCCACACUGGGGAACGACCUUAUGAAUGCAGCAAGUGUGGAAGGGCCUUCAGUCGGAGCUCAGACCUAAGCAAACAUAAACGAACCCAUACGCGGAAGAAACAUUAUGGGUGCCCCCAGUGUGGAAAAGACUUCAGCAUCAAGGCAGAACUCACCAAACACAGGAGGAUCCACGCUGAAGAGAAGCGUUACAGGUGUGAGGAGUGUGGGAAAGCCUUUCGUCAUAACUGUAAGCGCAGGGCUCACGAACGAGCGCACACUGGGGAGAAACCCUAUCUAUGUGGGGAUUGUGGAAAAACCUUCCAGGAUCGGCACUGCCUUACUAUCCAUCAGAGAAUCCACACUGGAGAGAAACCUUACAAAUGUGUAGUGUGUGGCAAAGCUUUCAGUGGGAAGUCAAACUUGACCAAUCAUCAAAGAAUUCACACUGGAGAGAAGCCUCACAAAUGUGAGGUAUGUGGAGUGGCCUUCCAUCAUAGUUCAGUCCUGAGGCAGCAUAAAAGAAUCCACACUGGUGAGAAGCCAUAUGCCUGCAGUGAGUGUGGUACGUCCUUCCGUCAGGGCUCAGCUCUGAUUGGACAUAAGCGAGUUCAUACUGGGGAGAAACCUUAUGAAUGUGAGGAGUGUGGAAAAGCUUUUAGAGUGAGCUCAAAUCUAACUGGACAUAAGAAAAGAAAACAUCAAGUGUGGAGAGCCCAUGAACUUGAGAGUAGGAAAUCCCUCUCUCCAGUAACUGUUUCUCAGACCUCAGUAGUCAGUAUUUUGACCACUGCCUGAGCAUAACGUUGCUGGUGUUACUUUCUGUUUCUCCUAGCUAAGAGUCUGGUCCUUCUGUCUACUAUAUUAGUUAUUCCUGAUUUCCUGAUCCUUGAUUGUGAGAUUCUCCAAAGACAUUGUCCUUUACCUUCUCAUUCAGUAUUUAUUUUUUUGGUGAGCACAUUUACUUCCAAGAGUUUGUCAAUCACUUCAUAGUAAUAAUAAACACUUAUUAGUGCUU